CCUUUUCUCUCUCCCUACACUCAAUCUGGUAUCUACCUAUCUCUAUUAUACAGCAUGGAGGCCUGGCGUUCUUAUUAAUGUACUUCCUUGUACUUCUCCUGGUUGGAGCUCCAGCCCUUCUUCUAGAGAUGUUCCUGGGCCAGUAUUCAGGAUUGGCCCCUAUGAGGCUAUUUAGACACCUUUGCCCAAUUCUAUCUGGACUAGGACUUACUAUUUUUGUACAGGCAGCUGUACGACUUUUCCUGGAGCUAGGAGUACUAAGUUGGUCCGGGCAAACAUUAUUCCUAGUUUUCUCUCAACAAAACAUUAGGGACGGAUUCUUCUAUCGUGAUGUACUGAACAAGGAUAAAGGAGAUCUUGAAGAGUUGGGAUCUGUCAGUGGAGAGCUGUGUCUCGUUCUAGGAAUAGGAACAGUUCUAAUCUUUAUACUUGUCACCAUAAUAAUAAUUGUUCAGAUCUGUGGAUCCUGUAUUGCAGAUGGUGGUUUACAGGGAGUAACCAUGUUGUUGACACCAAACUGGAUAAAGUUGACCGAUCCUACAGCUUGGCUGGAGGCUACUUCACAGGUAGAUAAGUUGACCGAUCCUACAGCUUGGCUGGAGGCUACUUCACAGGUAGAUAAGUUGACCGAUCCUACAGCUUGGCUGGAGGCUACUUCGCAGGUAGAUAAGUUGACCGAUCCUGCAGCUUGGCUGGAGGCUACUUUGGAGGUUGUGUUCUCCCUACAGCUGGGUAUAGGUGCAGUGCUAAGCUACGGAUCCUACAACAAGUUCAACCAGAAUAUUGUCAGGGAUGCAAUUAUAGGUCAAGGAAUGUGGCUGCUGGGAGUAACAGCUCUGGAGUCUGCAAUAUCAAGUUUAUCCUAUGGCUGGCUCUGGGGGGGACUUCUCUUUGUUCUCAUAGUUCUAGUUUGUAUAUCUUCCAUCUUUGGAUAUCUGGAGGUUAUGACUGGAAGUAUUGUGGCAAUUCGACCUUCACUCAUUCCGUACAGGCCACUCAUUACAUUCCUUAUCCUCGUGGUCUUCUUUCUACUGGAUAUAUUCAUGACUACUCAGGGAGGAAUAAAUGUUUACCACCUGGUGAAUACAUAUAUAGCCACCUGGCCCCAGCUCCUUAUUGUACUGCUAACUGUACUGCCUGCUGUACUCUGCCAUGGAACCAGAAAUAUGAUGAAGGAUUUAUCCGAGAUGAGUAAAGUAUGUUUUCAUCAUUUUGUAACAUCUCAAGAGUUUAGGAAACGGAGGAGCAUGUUAAUAAACGGUUGA